AUGGCAACUGGCUGCCGUCCACCCGCCGCGGUCAGCGAGAUUAGAGGAGCUUCUGGAGGAAUGCUGCGAGCUCACGUGAACCCUUGGCAGCAGCUCCCUCGCCCUUCGGCAGCAGGGGCUGUGCAUCGUCGGCAGUAUGCCCUCCACCCUACGCGUGGGACAGGGGACAAGUGGGGUGCUUUGCCCUCCAUCUUCCUGGUUUGUGAGGGGGGAUAUGAAACCUUUAACUCGCAAUAUCCUGAGUGCUGCGUGGAUGGAAAGCUCAUUUCCCCGGAGAGGACCGAGGCGGAGCGGAACCUCGCCAGCCACUGUGAGAAGCAGAGUGCCAACCACAAACCCGUUCUCUUCCAGGGUGGUCCAGUGGAAAUUCUGCCUUUUCUCUACCUUGGUAGUGCCUAUCACGCUUCCAAGUGCGAGUUUCUCGCCAACCUGCACAUCACGGCCCUGCUCAACGUCUCCAGGAAAAGCUCAGAGUCCUUCAAGGACCAGUAUUGCUACAAGUGGAUCCCGGUGGAGGACAGUCACACAGCAGACAUCAGCUCACACUUCCAGGAAGCCAUCGACUUCAUCGACUAUGUCAGGCGAACAGGGGGCAAGAUCCUGGUGCACUGCGAAGCGGGGAUUUCGCGCUCCCCCACCAUCUGCAUGGCGUAUCUCAUGAAGACGAAAAAGCUCCGCCUGGAGGAAGCCUUCGAUUACAUCAAGCAGCGCCGGAGCCUGAUCUCACCAAACUUUGGUUUCAUGGGCCAGUUGCUACAGUACGAGUCGGAGAUCUUGUCUUCCACUCCCAGCCCCCCCGUUGCCUCAUGCAAAAGAGAAGUUGCGUCUUUCUUUGCAGAAGAACUGACGUUAGGCAAAAACUUUGAAGGCUCGUGUUUUGCCUUUCCUACCUCAGUGCUGAGUUCUGUGCCCAUCCACUCUCCCGUCCACCAGCUGAAACUCAGCCCGAUGACAGCAUCUUCGUCCUGCUGGUCUAAGCGAAGUGUUGGCCAAAGCCCGGCUGGCCGGUUUGCUCCUGCGAUUCUGCUGCGGCCAGGGCGGGAAGGAGAGGUGCCCCCAGCAUCGCCCCACCAACUGCGAGCGAUGGAGCGCAAGCCAGUGGUGUUGUGA